CUACUUUCUCACUGUUAUGCAUCUGUUUGUUUCUCAGAAAAAGCAUUCUUACGCAUUUCAAGGUGAACAUCUCAUACAGUUCCAGUUAAAUUCGAAACUCGGGUUCGGUCUGGUCUGGUCUGGUCUAAUUGGGUUUGUCAUUUUCGACUGGUUUCUCUAAUAUCUAUCUAGCGUAUUUUCUUUCUUGGUUCACAAGGAAACCAAGGAAUGCACAAAGAUGAGGUUGGAAGUUGAUAACCAUUCGUUUGGGGUUAAUGAAGUUGCUGCUCUGUUUGAACCGCCCUUACUAUCUAUUCCUAAUGAUAAUCUACAUUUAAGUUUCUAUAAUAGAUUGUAUUUCCAUGCUCUGACGGCUAUUGUGACUAGAAAUUUAAGGGAACAUGUUAUGUCAAUGCACGACAUUUGUGGAGACGGUUGAGCUUUUGCGGAGUUGCAGGUCGGGUUUCGGUUGGUUGCAUAUACAUAUAUCAGUAACCUAGAUCAGAUAUAUAGUACUAGUUGUUAAGGUAGAUUCUGCUGCUUUCGAUAUACUGGAAAUGGAGCGUAAAGGGACUGUGUUGAUGGGAAAGUAUGAAAUAGGGAGAUUACUAGGACAGGGAACAUUUGCCAAGGUUCAUCAUGCGAGGAAUCUCAAAACCGGUAUGAGUGUGGCCAUUAAGAUAGUUGACAAGGAGAGGGUAUUGAAGGCCGGGAUGAUGGAUCGGAUUAUGCGCGAAAUUUCGGUCAUGAGAUUGGUCAGACAUCCAAACAUUGUCGAGCUUUAUGAGGUGAUGGCCAGCAAGACGAAGAUUUACUUUGUUAUGGAAUAUGUUAAAGGGGGAAAAUUGUUCAAGAAGGUUGUGAAAGGGAAGUUGAAAGAGGAUGCUUCGAGAAGGUACUUUAAGCAGCUAAUCAGUGCUGUCGAUUUCUGUCAUAGUCGAGGCGUGUGUCAUCGGGAUCUCAAACCAGAAAACUUCUUGUUGGAUGAGCAUGGUAACCUUAAGGUUACGGAUUUCGGGUUGAGUGCUCUUGCUGAAACGAAACAUCAAGAUGGAUUGCUCCACACAAUAUGCGGGACACCUGCUUAUGUUGCACCCGAAGUUAUCAACAGACGAGGCUACGAUGGAUGCAAAUCUGAUAUCUGGUCAUGCGGGGUAAUCUUAUAUGUUCUUCUGGCUGGCUAUCUGCCAUUCCAGGAUUCGAAUCUGAUGGAGAUGUACCGGAAAAUCGGCAAAGGGGAGUUCAAGUUUCCGGACUGGUUUGCGCCCGAAGUACGCAGGUUACUGUUGAAAAUCUUGGAUCCGAAUCCAAGAACAAGGAUCUCCAUCGAGAAAAUAAUGGAACAUCCAUGGUUCAGAAAAGGGUUGGACCGUAAAACUGAAGCCGUCGAUGCUGAAGUCAAAGAACCAGCUAUGGUGCUGCAAACCAGAACUCCUUGGAGUAACUUGAAUGCCUUUGAUAUCAUCUCCUUGUCUGCAGGCUUUGCUUUAUCUGGUUUAUUCGAGGAAAAAGAACAGAAGAAAGAAGUUCGAUUUUCGUCGAACAAGUCGGCUCCGACCAUCAUUUCGAAACUUGAAGAUAUUGCUAAGCGUCUGAAGAUGAAAGUAAAGAAGAAAGAUGACGGGUUGUUGAAGAUAGAAAGCUCAAAUGAAGGCAAGAGAGGUACAUUGGAGAUCAAUGCCGAAAUCUUCGAAAUUACACCAUUUCUCCACCUGGUGGAGGUGAAAAAGAGCAAUGGAGACACAUUGGAGUAUCAAAAGUUAAUGAAACAAGAGAUAAGACCGGCACUGAGCGACAUCGUUUGGGCUUGGCAAGGCGAACCGCCUCUGCAACCAUCACUGCUGUCGCCUAUGGAGCAUCAAGAGUCGCAACAAUUUCAUGUAGGUUCGACCCAGAGUUGAUCACCGUUUUCAAUUUGCUUGUAUUUUCAAAC